AUGGGCAUAGAAGAGGAAGAAGGGAUAAAAGUUAAUCAGAAAGAGAAGAGCCAGUAUAUACAGCUUGAUUCCUGGAGCCCCCCCAGCGACCCUCUGCUGCGGCCGUAUUUCCCCUCCCGGCACGGCCCUCGGCACCACCACAGGCACGUCAGAGACUGCCAGCCCGUCAAGUACGGCAACGUAACAUACGAAGCUUGGCCCAGCGACAACAGGACGGGCGGCCCAGUGGCUACCACCAGAACGUUUGUUUCUUACAUCCCCCCAGAGGGCAAGGACCGCAAGGCGGUCUACGGCCACUUCACUUUUGUGAGGAACCCCCUGAGGACCGUCUCUGUGCUAGAGCCGGGCGGCGCGGGAGGCUGCCAGGCUUACCGCAGAGCCCCUGUGGAAGAGACCGCAAAGCUCGGGAAGUGUCUGGUGGCCCAGAACGGUGGGUACUUUGACAUGGGAACCGGAGAGUGCCUUGGGAACGUUGUGAGCGAUGGAAAGCUGGUGAGAAACUCUGGAGGCCUGCAAAACGCUCAGUUCGGCAUCCGGAAGGAUGGCACCAUGGUGUUUGGUUACCUGUCUGAGGAAGAUGUCUUGGAUCAAGCAAACCCUUUUGUGCAGCUUGUGAGUGGGGUAGUUUGGCUCCUAAGAGACGGAGAAGUGUACAUCAGUCAGAGUCAAAUGGCUGAGUGUGAUGAAAUUCAAACCACAGGAACCUUCGACAAGUUCAUCAACGUGAUAUCAGCCAGGACUGCAGUUGGACAUGACAAUCAGGGGCAGCUGGUCUUGGUUCACGUGGAUGGACAGACAGAAUCCAGAGGUGUCAACCUCUGGGAAAUGGCUGAAUUUCUGAAGCAGCAGGGAAUCAUCAACGCUAUCAACCUGGAUGGUGGAGGGUCUGCAACGCUGGUCUUAAAUGGGACCCUCGCAAGCUACCCGUCUGAGCACUGCCCCUUUGACAGCAUGUGGCGUUGCCCUCGGAGCAUCUCGACCAUCGUGUGUAUCCACGAGCCCACCUGUGAGCCUGCAGACUGCAGCGGUCACGGGGACUGCGUGCAAGGGGAGUGCCACUGCACUGGGGACUUCUGGAGAGGCCCAGCCUGUGACAUCUUGGACUGUGGCCCUUCCAACUGCAGCCUGCAUGGCAUCUGCACCGACGCUGGAUGCCUGUGUGAUGCUGGCUGGAUUGGCAGCAACUGCAGUGAAGCUUGUGCUAGCGGUUUCUAUGGGGACGCUUGCACCCAGAAAUGCCGGUGCCAGAACGGUGGCUCGUGUGACCCCGCGCACGGAGCCUGCUCCUGCCCGGCUGGGUACUAUGGCACCAGCUGCGAGCAAGAGUGUCCCAUGGGCUGGUAUGGGCCAAACUGCCAGAAACCCUGUGCAUGUGAACACAUGUGUCCCUGCGACCGGGAGACAGGCAGCUGCAACACCACCUACGAAUUGGCAAUACAGGACCAGUUAAACAAAGCUGGGCGGUGUUUGGCUUCCCAGAAUAAGGGAAGGAGCAAAGAAAAAUUCCCUCUGUCAGAAAAAACCUGGAUCUCCAUGACCUCUGUCUUGGCUCUGCUUCUCGUGAUUAGCGCCAUGGGAAACAUAGGCCUUUUUCUCAAGGCCAGGUCAGAGAGGCGCCAUGAGAGCGGUGACUACCUCUACCACCCCCUGAGGGAGAUGAAUGGGAAAGUCAGUCAUACCUCCACGUCUGCUGCCUGCGAGACAGAAGAUACUCAGGACCAAAGCCAGGCACUCCUUCAGAGUCCCGGAUGAGAAGAGAUGAGGUAUUUUACUCUGCACCUUGUACUGCGCCACUCGGCGCUGGCUGUUACAGCGGCUGUUCAGACUGUAUUCAGAGUGCAAAACUGCUGACUAACCCAAGAGCAGCAGCAAGAUACCUCGGUCCGAGAAACUCCCUUGUUUCUGGCCCAGCCCUGCUGAGAACAUGACUAGCUUCCCCCCCUUCCUCUGCUGCUCCGGCUGGAGCAAACAAGACUGCAUAACUAGUUGCCACGAGAGGAUGCAGGGCGCAAGCUAUGGGGCCAGCUUCCACACGCACAGGUGGAUAAG